AUGAGUAAAAUUCCGCUAAACCAGAAUGACGACGAGUCGAACCAACUUUAUAUCGUAGAUGAUCUCAAAAAUGAUCCUAAACUCACCCCCAUCGAAGCAGGGCCGUCCGGGAUCCCGGUGCCUCCCUCUACAAAUGACCCGGUCGUUCUUCCCGAGAACAGGAAACGCAAAAGCAAUAAGUCCAAUGAUGGUACCUCGCCUUCGAAGAAAUCGAAGGGACCAAUGACAUCGGAAAUGGAGGAGGAGAUGGCCCAAGCUGAACGCAAAGAUAUCGACAUGUUCCUGGAGGACACAGCGGAGCGUCACAAUCUUUCCGUAGCCAAUGUCAAGAGCAUCUUGAGGAGGAUAGCCACGAAUGAGCACAUGAUGACGCUAUGGAAGAGCACGAUGUCGGAAGACGGAGCCCGAGAGCUGCCAUUCGAGCCGAAGAUAACUCGAGCAAAACUCCGAGAACUCAAAGCCAAACAUCCGAACAUCGAGGAAUCUCUGCUGCAUCGGUAUCCGCAACCGUCUCUAAAUAGGGGAUCAGACCUCGUGAAGUUACUGACCGAGGAUUUUGCUGAGGACGACGACGAUGAGAACGAUGACGAAGAAUAUCAGCCCAGCGACGAAGAAGUGAGCGAUGAUGACAGCGAAGCGUCCAUGUCGAUAUUGGGCGGAUCGAUGCCCAGUUCCCCGGCACUGGGGAGCGCACCCGAUAGCCCCGCGCCGCCCACCCCGGAAUCUGAGUCUCAAACGGAGGAAACGAUAGCGUUGAGAACACGCUCGAAACUGCCGCUGACCGCCGAAGCCCUGGAACAGCUCGAAGCGAACUUCGUAGCGCCGGACAUCACGGCUGACAUGUACGAUACGGACUGCGAUGAUGAGGAAUGGAACGAGUUUCUCCGCGACUUCAUGAAGCCUACGCGAAACGCAGCUCAGGACGAUGAAGACCGAGAAGAUGAAGAUCCACCGUACAACGUUCUAGAGGAUACAGAAGAAGUCGAUGAGCUCGACCUCCGUUUCGAUCGGGCGACGAAGAUCUCGAAAGUGGAAAUCGAUGAGCUAGUUAAUGAGUUGUGGGAAAUGCCAGGCGGUCUACAAUCUGUCCCCGAUGAAACCGACGAUGAAGAAUUCGGGAAUACGUCGAGGAUACCCACGCCACCAUUAUUCGAAGAAGGAAGCACCCUCUCGGCUGGUGUGAGUCAGAGACCGAGCUCGACUUCGACACCGACUCGACUGGCGAGCGCCACGGGAGUUGCAGCGAUGGCGACUCCGACUUUUUCUGCUCGGAAGGAACUCUCUCUGGGAACUCCAUUGACGAACGAGGAAACUCCACUCUCAGUCGCACCCGCCAUUGAAAUAUUGACGACUCCUUUACGUACCGAAAGGACGCCAUUAGAACCUCUGACAACUCCGAUCAGAAUGCCUAUGCUGGUCAAUGAUCUGUCUACGCCUCUCGGAGCCCGAGCCGGGGUCUCGCCGGAUGGACCAAGCCCUAUAUCGUCGUUUUUGAGGAGAUUCACUCAUACGUCGACAGCUCCGACCGACAUGCUCGGAUACGCGCUCUCGGUGGCUCUGAACUCGCCGCAGAAAAGCGACUCGCCGAUGAAAAUUACAAUUCAAUCCGAAGCGGGUCCGACACAGCAGAUCUACAUAGAAAGGAAGUCACCUCCGAGCCUACCCCAGACGGUGGUGACUUCCGCUCUGCCCCAGACCAACCAAGUGACGCCCUUGAUCGUACAGCCCCUUGCGUCGCAAGCCUCCACGCCAAACGAUGAGACGAAACGUUUAGUAGCGGCGAGUCAACCAGAAACCGAAGUCGCAGUCGACGUCUUCAUGAAAAAUGGCGUCAUGUAUCAAACAGCAUCCGAUUCCAAACCUACACAAGGAGAUCCAGCUCAAUACGAGAUAUCACAGGAUUUGCUCGAUAUCAUAAGAAAUGUAGAAGAGCGUUACAAGUUCGCCGUCCGGAGUCGCCAGACGGACGGCAAUUCGAACGAAAAGGGCUUCACCGCAGACUUGAUCGAAAGACUCAGGGAACAGGUCAAGAUGUUCGUGCAGGUGGCCACCCAAUUAUCGAUGCUGAGCUACGCGCAUCCGCAACUACAGCGUUACGGCCAGCUAAACGAACAAUCUUUAGAACAUCUCUCGCUUCUGGCGAAAGUCCAGAACAACCCGAUUUUCUCCCCAUUCAAUCUCGCGCCGGGUUUGGCCAUGAUCGACAAAGUCAAGAGUCAGCUGGAUGCGAACGGAGUUCAUCCCGAAUAGUGAGUAACGGAGCCGAAACCGGCCGAUUCAACGAUUCAUCGAUUAAAUCCCGAGCCGUCCGAGCUGGAGAGACGGAAGAAGAGCGUGAUCUUGAAUCCGAUUCUACCAUCUUUGAAGAAGAUGAUCGCUUGGUCGAAUGUUUUUUGCUUCCCGGAGCUCCUCCCCAAAGCUCAAUUGAUAACCGAGUUCGAAGAUCGGAGCCUCAAAUCGUCCUCUAGCAAGCCGGAAGAGCAUCUGAUGGCUUUGGGAUUGGAAGCGUUCUAUCCCGAAAUUGUCCAUCGCUGUCCAGCUCGCAUUACCCAACUCAUACACGUUCACUACACGCCUCUGAAACGACCAGCGCAGAUCGGCGAACGCAUCAGACGACUGCUCGAUGCGAAUUGUGAGCCGUCAGCCAAUCCGGUCGCGUACUUUCGAGUUUACCGGAGGUGUCCGCCCGUCGAGUGGAAACCGAGAAGGCUAAUGCUCACUCCCGUCGAGCAUCCGCCGUAUUCAGUACCCUCGUGGGUCAGAGCGAUAAAGCAAGGGAAGAAUAGCAAGGAGACGAUCGACCAGCUGCGACGGUUACAUCUGCAGCCGAUCCUGCCGGCACUCCAUGCGUCUCCUGAAAAAUCACAAUCUACUUCAGUGACGGUCUCGACGUCGCCACAACAGCAACAGCUGAGAGACAGCCCGUCUCCAUCUCGGCUCCGACCGUCGCCAGUCAAACAAAUAAUUCAACCGAUUCUGAAAAAGUACAAGCUCCUGCCGAAACCCAACGCCAUAUCGAUGAGCAGCGGUGUCAAUCGGCCGGCCCUGAGCUCGACACCCCUGUCCAAGUCGAGAAAAGAGGCGCUCCUCCGAUUGAUACAAAAGGAAAAGGAGAUGCCUGAGGUCAUCUCGACUUCGAAUUCAUUUCCCGAAGCUAGUCCAGUUCCGAGCUUCGAAACUCCUCAAAGUCCAACGUCGACCACUGAGGAUCAGUCAAUGGUCAUGGAAACGUCACCUAAGGUGGAUCAUGCGGCGACUCCUGGGAAGCCGCUCACAACGCUCACAGAGAAAACGGCUUGUAUUGACGGAAUACCCGAGAAGAAUGAAUCAGAUAAUAACGCAGCCGAAGUUCAGGAACAGCUCGACGCACUUAUGGCGGCAUCCAGUAAGAUAACUAAGAAUCCAAAAUGUCCGAGAAAGCACCGUCAGCUUCUGAAGGACCUGGAGAGCACGUUACCUCUCCUGGAUAGCCAGCAACUCCAUGUCGAUGAUUCCCGUGAAGAUCAAUUUGUCGCCAAUUUUGUGACAAAAGCCAAAAAAUUCAUCGAUCAGGAGAAGAUCCUCGAAAUGAUCUCCAUUAUCAAGUCCUACAGAGAUAAUUUAAAACAGAUGUUCAAGAAGCUGGACGAGUCCUUGGCUACCUGCCCCGCUCUGGUGGAGGAUCUCGUCCUAUUCCUCGAUUCCGAACAGGCAUUCCUCGCCGAUCGAUUUCAACAGCAUUUAUUGUUUGCCAAGAUGCGUCUGUUCGUCCGCAAGUCAGAAAUCCAUUCCGGAUCACCUCAACUAGCUCAAAAAAUUCUCAAAGUUCUCCGGAACUGCCUUAAGACUAACGCACAAGUACAAGACGAUAACCAGAUCGCGUCGAACGUCGUGAGCGCAAUUACCCCCAUUCUCCGAGGUCAACCCCAUCUACUGCAGGAGUUCCUUGCCAUGUUCCCCAACCAAAGAGUCGAAGGAAGUCGCAUGACGGACUUCGACGAAAUUGUGCUGCCUGACGACGGGCCCAACGAUGAAGGAAACGGUGAAGUUUUCGAUGCAAUCAAGCUACCGCCUUCACCGGAGCCAGUGGGGAGCAGGAAGUGUCCCUGCGAGUGCCACAAAAGCGAGGACUCAAAAAUGGCGAAUAGAGAUCGUCAUUGCAUGAGAUGCGCCUUGAGGUUCAUCGACGGGAAGGUUUUUCUGCAAACCGGGAAAACCACACGACCCGCAACCGUGACCUACGUGGCAGACGUUGUCGAGACUGAGGUAGAGAAACCCCUGGGAAGAGCGGCAAGUCCUCAGAUCGAAAUCCAAGCCGCUGAAGAAGCCGCGAAAAUUCCAGAAGAAGAGACGCCACCACCGGAUUCCGCCCCGGAGGGUUUCUGGACAAGGGAUCGGGACGCUUUGCUGCUGUCGAUGUGGCAGACUCACAACGGGAAUGUUGACAGCAGCUGCGAAGAAGCGGCUAAUGAAUUGAAAAUUGACAAGAAACUCGCCUCGGAGCGUCUGGAUUUCCUGAAAUCGUUUCUCUAA